AUGUUUACUCUUUGGUUGGCAAUCUUGAGAAGGCUAGCAACAGUGGAGAGACUCCUCAUGUUUGGCAUCCAUGUCCUACCAACCUGUGCCUUCUGUGAUUCUGCAAUGGAAAUAGCUGGUCACUUGUUCUUUAGGUGUCCUAUUACAAGUAGUUUUUGGCAAAGGCUGCUGAGAUGGUUGGGUUUCCGCAGAGCUAUCGAGGAGUGGCAAGAUGAAGUGAAAUGGGUCUGCAGCUACGCCAAAAAGAAGUCUGGCAGUGGGGAAAUUAUCAGCUCUGUGUUUGCUAUGUGUGUUGCUAUCAUAUGGAGAGAGAGGAAUGACAUUCAAUUCCAGAAGGGAUAG